ACGCCAGCGAAGAAGGGCAUGCGCUAGUCACACGUGUUUACCAUAUCACUUGUGAAUAUUUACCACAUUUUUGCGUUUCUGCAGCAUUUAUAACUACAAACGCAGAAAAAAUGCCGAAAGUUAAAGCGGAAAAGAAAAGCAGGCAGCAUCAAGAAGUUAAAAACCAAGGUAUUAUGUUCAAUACAGGAAUCGGUCAGCACAUCUUGAAGAAUCCUCUGGUGGUCAACAGCAUUAUUGAGAAGGCUGCACUCAGGCCAACAGAUGUUGUUUUGGAGGUGGGACCUGGAACUGGUAACAUGACCGUUAAACUACUAGAAAAAGCUAAGAAGGUGGUGGCGUGUGAGUUGGACAGCAGAUUGGUGGCUGAACUGCAGAAACGAGUACAAUGCACACCCAUGCAGACCAAACUUCAGAUCUUAGUUGGGGAUGUUUUAAAAACAGACCUGCCCUUCUUUGACGUGUGUGUCGCCAAUUUACCAUACCAGAUAUCAUCGCCGUUUGUCUUCAAGCUGUUGCUUCACCGACCAUUCUUCAGGUGUGCCGUUUUAAUGUUCCAAAGAGAGUUUGCCAUGCGUCUGGUGGCUCCACCUGGAGACAAACUCUACUGCAGGCUGUCCAUCAACACUCAGCUUUUGGCUCGUGUGGACCAUCUUAUGAAAGUAGGUAAGAAUAAUUUCCGUCCUCCUCCAAAAGUUGAGUCCAGUGUUGUGAGGAUAGAGCCCAAAAAUCCUCCUCCCCCAGUUAACUUCCAGGAAUGGGAUGGCCUGGUCAGAAUCGCCUUCGUAAGAAAGAAUAAAACUCUGAAUGCUGCAUUUAAGUCGACCGCGGUGGAGCAGCUCCUGGAGAAGAACUACAGAAUCCACUGCUCUGUGCACAAUGUGGAAGUGCCCGUCGACUUCAGUAUCACCAAGAAAAUAGAAAGCAUCUUACAAGAGGCAAACUUCAGUGAAAAGAGGGCUAGGUCUAUGGACAUUGACGACUUCAUGGUAUUGCUUCAUGCGUUCAAUUCAGCUGGGAUCCACUUUUCUUAAAGGCAUACACACCACAGGACUGCAGAAUUUCUUCUGGAGCCCUACAAGAUUUUUUUUUUUAUCAUAUCGGAGGGGAAAAAAACAGGAUCAAGAACUCAUAUUGAGAUUCUAAUGUAUCACUGACUCAACAUACAAUAUUAAUUUAUCUUGAGAUUGCAUCCAUUGUAUGAAUAAAUAUCAGUACUCCUUAACAAUGUUUAAAAA